UUCUUUACGUGAAAUACUCCGAUUUUAGCUGGCGGUCAGUGGUUCGACACGUCAAGACUAUGGGUAGGGCUGCACGUAAAAUGAAAAAACAACGUAAGGCACUCAAACAGCGACUUCGACAGAUGAUUGACAAUACUCCGGACGGCUUCCAAGAUCCGAUGAGAACUAUGAAAGUGAACGAGGUGAGCUACUGUGUUGAGCGAAAUGUUCUACACCCUCACCCUACACUUACCCGAGACCUUAGAAAAAUCACCUUGGCUAAAACAUUGGUUGAAGUACUGCCAUUUCAGCUUGCUAUGGCUGCAAAUGGCAAAAACGUCAGCAAUUUUGACAGCAAGACAAUCAGAGUCGUAUCACCUCGAUUCCUAAGUAUUGUUCCCGAACAAAACCCAGAUGAAGUGAUCAAUAUGCUUUCACCAUCAUUGUUUUCAAUACAUGGAGAAGGUAGCGAUGCCGAAAAAACAAUGUCACUUCAAAAUUUGGUAAAAGCACUACCGAAUAAAGAUCAGGAAGCCUGGCUUGACUUCAUCGUGGAAGCUGCAGGUGUGACUGACUUCAUUGAUAAGUCGGAAAAGGAAAAAGAAGAGCAACGCAGAAAAGAAGUCAGCGCUGCUGAUGGUACACCUCUCUACUUCACGAAGAAAAACGUCACGAAAAUUUUUGGUGAGGAAGAGAAACGAAAAAUAGAAACUUUCGAGGAGUUGGACCGAAUGUAUACGGAUUCACAGAAGGAAGACCUUGAUAGACGUGGUUAUUCUUUCCUCACGCCUGAACAAUUGGAUCUUGUGUACGGUCCAAAAUCACCAUUCAAUGAUACCGUAUUGCAUAAAAAGUUCCUCAAACUACGCCGAUUACAUGACGAGGCCGAUCCUCAUCAUCUUAUCGAAAAAGACAUCCGUGCCCUUGCGGAAGCGAAGAAGUUCCGAUCGGAGCGUCGAAAGCAAGUCAUUACGGAAGUUUUCCCUCCCUUCGUACAAACCCCAUUCUCAAAACCUGGCGAUCCCAUAUUGGUUAUCGAAGCCCUGUCACCUCUGUUGCUCACAUCAAUCGUAUUGUCCCCGACUAUUCUUGGAGCUGUCGUUCUUUCACCUUGGACAUUUGUACCACUUGUGCUUGCACCUCGUGUAAUUGCCCCCGUCAUUCUCAGUCCCAUCAACUUUGACCCUGUAAUCCUUUCACCACUAAUAAUGCAUCCAUUCAUUCUAUCACCCGGUGUGUUCAACCCUAUCGUUCUUUCACCUCUAGUCCUUUCACCAUUCAUUCUUUCUCCUCAAGUAUUGUCACCCAUCAUUCUAUCACCCUUGGUGCUUAAUCCUUCUGUCUAUAGUCCUAAGGCCGUAACAACUUGGCUUCUAUCACCAUACGUUCUCACACCACCUAUUUGUUCUCCAUCACUCCUUUACGCUUUGAUAUUAUCUCCGUUUGCACUUUCUCCUCUUGUUCAUACUAAGCUGAUAUCGACGGCUGUCAUUCUUUCCCCCAGUUGGCUCUCUUAA